GAUAAUUCUGGCUUCGAGCUAUAUGUGGAUCUCCUUCUGGCCGCCUUUCUGUUGUCAACUGGGCUCGCAUCCAAAGUUUUUCUUCAUCCGAAAUCGCUCCUAUGGUUUGUGUCUGAUGUCGUGCCCGCCGAUUUCACAGAUUUGCUCGUGGCCUGACUUGGUCAUUUUCAAAGGUGACCCGAACUACCGGAAGCUCACAGGUGAUAUAUGGACUUUCCCUAUAUCUAUUUCAAAACUAGGAUUCCCGUUGGCCACAGGCUAACUUG